UUUGUUUAGGCAGCAUAAUUUUUUGCAUAUGCAUCAAGCGCGCAGCUCACCCGCGAGAGCCCAACAUAUACAAGUAGCGCAGAUGAAAAACGCCGCACUCUGGACGACAACCAAGACGUUGUGAAUUUCAUCACAUUCAACUUAACGAACGAUAUUCGGGAAAAUAGGACAACCAACAUGUCAGAGCCAUUCCUUAUUAAGCAUAUGUCCAGCGGGAAAUUCUUCCAUCCAAGAGGCGGAUCGGAAAACCCAUGCGACGGUACAGAAAUUAUUUUGUGUAGCCCCAUCCAUACGCACAUGCACUGGAAAUUUGUGCGCGUUGAGGGCCAGUGGGGAUACAUUCAGCACGCGGAGAGUGGCAAGAUCAUUAAUCCGAAGGGAGGUAGUUUGUGUUCUGGGAACGAAACAGAGCUUGUAGUGAACAAUGACCGCCAACAGGGAGCGCUGUUUUCCCUCGACGCUUGCAACCAUCACUUGGUCCACAAGGGAGGAAAGUUUGCACACCCACAAGGCGGCAGUCCUUGCGCGGGCGAGGAAACAAAAGUGGUCCUUCACAGCGAUGUCCAUGCAGGCAUGAAGUUUGCUUUUGUCUCGCCUUGCAAUGCGAAUCAAGAAGUCAAAGUGGUCUAAACCGGGUGGAACCAGAGCUCCAGAUAAGGAUUUUGUCUAAAGGGUUUUUCACCCCCUGAUAUUAUUGUCAAUGCGUAUUUUACUCCUUUGUUUCAGCCAUAAAGGGUUAGGAAUAUUUAGGGGUAUUUUCCAUUUCCAUAGAAAACGGAAAAAGUAAAAGGCGUGUUUAAUCUAGAAAUAGUAUUAUUAUUUGUUAUUUAUAUAUUUAACUGCAAACAGAAUAUAUUUAAAAAGACAAUAUGAACAGACUUUCUUUAAAAAAUAUUCCCGCAAGUUGCUUUAAACGUCCCUUUACGAUCCACAAGCAUGAUGGGCCGCCAUUUUUAUUACAAGAUUAUUUUGAUUGACUUACUUUUGAUUCAAAGGUUACCUUACACUUAAAACUUAACUGGAUUAUUGUUAAACCGUUUACGCACUUUAAUCGAUUUAAAAUACGUAACAAGAUUUGUAAAGCGUUUUGUUACGUACUGGGCCGAUUUUUAAUGCGUUUUUUUAAUUUUUUCAAUGCGUAAAUACGCAGAUACGCCUCUUAUCUAGAGCUCUGGGUGGAACAGACCACUGCUGUUAAACGGCUUUGGUGUCAAGUUACCUGUAUUUGUUUUGGGCUUAUGUUAACAAUAUUGUUACUCUUUAAAUUGCAUCAAUAAAUAUCAUAUACUGACGGUAUCACAUUAGUUUCAAUGACGAUUGAACGAGUAGCAAAUGUAAGCUAAACAGAAAUUACAUGUUCUGUUUUUUUUUUAAAGACAUUUCAUUUGACUUGUGUACUCGCGUUAAUGCAAAGUUUUACCAAAAUACAUUUCAAUUAUUCCAUAUAAAUCCUUCGUUUCACGUUCGCAUCGGUUUAUUCUUUCAUACUUUUCUAAUAAUGCUUUAUUUUACGCGAACUGUUGUUUUGCCGUCUAUGCCUAAGUCUGCUCUCUUGUCUACACUUUCAUUUUUAAAUCAGUGAUUAGCCAAAUUUCAACUUCUUAGUUAAACCACAUCAAAUGUCAUAUGCUUUAGUUGUUCUCUAUUAUUAAAGCUAAGCUAUUCUUUAAUAAAAAUUGUAUGUAUA